UAAAUUUUACGAUGUAAACGAGGCAGCGAAGAGGCAAGAGAGAGUCUCUCACGUCUUAUCCCAUCCCUCUCCGGCCCCCUGAGUCGUGAAGGGUGGAUCGCUCAGGUGUCGAGGGUGAGAGGCGCGCGAGGGGAUCCCCCAUUCGGGAGUCUCUCCCUGACGGUGACGUCGACGUUUCGUGUUUGAGCGCCGGUUGACGGUCACGGACGACAUGUCGGGCGCGCCGCAAAUGUCCAGCGGGCUCAGCAAGCUGAAGAAGAAGCACUUCCGGGUGAAGCACCAGAAGGUUAAGCUGUUCCGCGCGAACGAGCCGUUGCUCAGCGUGUUUAUGUGGGGCGUCAAUCACACGAUAAACGAACUUAGUCACGUUAACAUUCCAGUAAUGCUCUUGCCAGAUGAUUUUAGAGCUUACAGUAAGUUAAAAGUGGAUAAUCAUCUCUUCAACAAAGAGAACAUGCCCUCCCACUUCAAAAUCAAAGAAUAUUGUCCGUUAGUCUUUAGGAAUUUACGAGAAAGAUUUGGAAUAGAUGAUUUGGAUUACAAGGAGUCGAUGACAAGAUGUCGGGUGUUUAAUCCUUCGCGAGCAAAACAACGUACGGAUUUGGUUGAUGGAAUAGGCAGAAGGACUCGUCAAAUGGUUCAACGCGCCGAUACCGUCCCGUCGAUUACCUUUUCCUCUCCUUCUUCUGCCUCCUCGCACAAUUCUAUUCUAAACAAACCGUUGCGUACCUGCAGUCUUAAACCAAAACGCCUGAGAUCUCAACCAGUGCUUGACGAUUCAUCUGGGAAGAGUGGUGCAAAAUUUUAUCAAUCAUAUGACAAAUUAUUUAUAAUUAAAACCCUAACGAGCGAGGAAGUGGAAAGGAUGCAUUCGUUCUUAAAACAUUAUCAUCCCUACAUUGUCGAGCGACAUGGAAAAACACUGUUACCACAGUACCUGGGAAUGUACCGAUUGACCGUUGACGGUGUCGAGUACUACGUAGUUGCCAUAAGGAAUGUAUUCUCGAAUCAUCUGACAACGCACAAGAAAUUCGAUCUAAAAGGUUCGACGGUAGAUCGAGAAGCAUCAGAUAAAGAGAAAGAGAAGGAUCUCCCUACCUACAAGGAUAACGAUUUUGUUAAAGAGGGUACGAAGAUUUACAUCGGAGAAGAAGCCAAAACUAAGCUAAUAGAAACAUUAACUGCUGACGUAGAUUUCUUAACGAAAUUACACUUGAUGGAUUACUCCUUGCUACUUGGCUUACAUGAUUGUGCGCGCGCCGAGCAAGAGAGCAGAGAACGGGCGGAAAGAGAGGAUGAUGAGGACAAUCAUGAAGAAGAGGAUGACAGCGAGUCAGGUAGCGGAUUGGAGUCUCGAGGUCCAUUGGCAGAUCGCUUAUGGGGUUGGAGUGGUGUCGGUCACACGGUUACCAAUAUGGCAACACCUCCCGAGUCACCGCAUGCAGCGUUAAUGCGUGAUACCAGUUUACAAUACGAAGAUGCGAUAAUACCUGAACUAGAUAUUUACGCUAUUCCUAGUAAAGAAGGUGCUCCCACGAAGGAAAUUUAUUUUUUAGCCAUAAUAGACGUGCUGACGCAUUAUGGCGUACGUAAACAAGCGGCGAAAGCGGCGAAGACUGUCAAAUACGGUGCUAACGUUGACGGUAUAUCCACCUGUGAUCCAGAACAAUACGGCAAACGAUUCAUAGAGUUUAUGAGCAAAGCCAUAGAGUAAAAAAGUAUUAUUAAUCGUUGUGCAUAAAGUAAUGAAUUUACGACGAUAUUACUGUUUACUGUGUAUUAUCGAAGUGAAAUCGAAAUCGCAAACUGAAAAAGAGGGAGGAAAAGAGUUCUGGAGAUUAAAUGGUUGCAGUUUCAUUCAGUUUGCCUUUCAAUACCGGUUAUUUUCUUUAGUACUUUCACUUGCGAUUCAUACACGAUCAAAUCGCUUAUUUCAUGAGCUUUUAAGUGAACACAUCCUUUGCCGAUAUUUUUUUUUUUUAGGUCGGUGUUGUUUUUUAUUGUAUGCAUUUUACGGUAAGAGAUUUUUAUUCUCGAUUAUUGCUUCAUGUCUACGUUGCUUUGUUUAGUCAGUCUUCACGUAAAGAACUGUGAUCAGUUUUUCAAAUUUGUUGUUUGAAAUUUCUUUUUUUCCGCGAUAGAACUUUCAAUCGUAUAGCGUUAUACUUGUACACUUGCAAACGCGAGAAUUUUCAUGAAGUAGAAAAACGACGUCUCUUUUUUUCUGUCACCCGUUUUUUUUUUAUCGCACAUGUUUCGAAGAAUAAAAGCGAUAGUCUUCAACGAUCUUGUAUCGUUCGAUGAAUCUACGACAGAAACUCAACAGCAUUGGAAUGUAACAUUAAUUAAGCACAGCCAAUAUUAUCUGUGGAUUGAGAUAAAAAGCACGAAGUCGCACAAAAUCUUAUCUUCUGAUAUCAGUAGCCGUAAUACCUAAAGUUGUAUUAGCAGCAGUUUUUUUUUUAUAGCGGAUUAAUAAACGAAUACGAGUCAUGCUAUAUGCUACAGAAAGAUAUCUAACUUGAUGUGUUACAGUUGCAGUAAAUCUCAAUCAAGUAUUGUGGCGCUUGCAAGUAUAGAACUGCCUGGGUAUGCGCCUAAAAAUAUUUUAUCAUAAAAUGUAAUUUUAGUAGCGAUGAAACUAUUAUACGACUGUCCGUUGUUUUGCUAAAGUUAUCGGUAAUAGUAUGUACUUCGCAAUAUCGAAGGCAAUGUACACACACUCACACAACACACACAUACGUGUAUAUAUGCAUAUACAAGUCGUUACGAAAUAAAAUACACUUUGUAAAUGUUAUAUUUAGUCCGAUUCGAUUAUCGCAGAUCGAUAGCUCAGUUACUUCAAAAUAUAUCUAUGGAAAAUAAUACGAUCCAUUAGACGAUAUUAUCUACAUGAGAUACAUAUCUUUGAUACUCGUCACAACACUCGAGUCGGCAACUUACUAUCGUGCCUUUCAUUUCACUAAAGAAUAUUCAGAUGCAUCGUUCUUUCGAAGAUGGGCACCGGCAGAUCCCAACGUAAUAUCAUUUGUCGAAAGGAUUUUGCAUGAAUCGUAAGUCUCUGGUUUUGUUUUGUGUCGUAAAUUUAUUUGGUUUAACGAAAGUUGAAUGUAAUCCAUUGAGCAAUUUGUACUGUAUUAUGAGAAAGGAGAAUGUGCACUGUGUUACGUAAGACAAUAUCUUUAAACGAUAUCUAAUACUUUUAUAUACAAUAUACAUAUAUAUGUAUAUGUAUAUAAAAUACAUGUAUAAUUUGUUAGCCGAUCAUAAUAUAACGACUAAUCACUCUAACGAUUAAUAUAUUCAUCUAGUCUUGAUACUUCGUAUAAUUUUAUAUAUUUUACUGUUUAAUCGCGCGCGCGCCGGGACUAUGGAUGCGAUAGAUUGAAAGGAGGAAGGGGUCCAUCCACUGCUGUAUAUUUGUUGUAAGAUUUUAGGUUUUGAAAAUGCAAUCGGUUUCUGCGUGAUUGUUAAUCGUAUAAGAUAAUAUGUUAGAAACCCGCUUUAACCAACGAAUCUUCGUUGGAAUCUUAAACGCGGCAGUGUCUCUAAUCUGUGUGUGUGUGUGUGUGUGCGCGCGCAUGCGCGUACAUAUACAUACAUUAUAUAUAUAUAUA